AUGAUUAUUAAUAAUUCUAUGUUAUCAAAAAGUUAUAAUAGCAUUAUAAGUGAAAAAAAUUUUCUAAAACUCUACGAAAAAAAUGCUUAUCAAAAUAAUGAUACAUUUAUAAAUAGUGAUAAAGAAAGUUUAGGCUUUUCCUAUCAAAGCAAAUCAGCUAACAGAAAUUUAUCCUUAAAUUAUAUUAUCAAUAGAUUUAUAAAAAGAAAUAAGGAAAUUAAUAAAUACAAUAAAAAUAUAUUGGUAUUAAAACAAAUUAAUGAUAAAUUCCGUUUUUCAAGAAAUUAUAUUAAAAAGUUUAUUGAAAAAAAAAAAAAUACAUAUAUUCCAACACAAAGUUCGAGAAAUUUAAAAAAACUCAAAAAUAAGAAAGAAGAGAAUCUAAGAAAAUAUAGAAUACUUAUGAACAUAAGGAAAAUAAUUCAAAGAGUAGAAUAUAAAUUAUAUUAUGAAAAAAGACAUAUAAAAAUAUUUGAUUUAAGAAAUAUUUUUCAUUACAAGAAAAUAUUAUUUAAAAAAAAUAGAAAGAAAAAAUAUAUAAUAAAUAAGAUACUAACUAUAGAUAACAAAUUAAACAGAAUCAAAGAUAAUAAAAGAUAUUUAAAUUUACAGAAUAUUGAUAUGAUGAAUAGAAACAACGAAAUUUACUGCAAAGAUAAUUCUUUUCAGAGUAAAAUUAAAAAUAAAUAUGAACAUAUAAAUGAAAAGCAUAAAGGAAAGAAAAAAAAAAAAAAAAAAAUUGAAGAAAAAAUAAUUUUAAACAGUAGUAACAUAGAGAAAAUUAAAAGAAGUAUAAAAAAUAAAAGCAUUAUAGAUGAACUAAAAAGAAAUAAUAAAUUUUCUUCUUUUUCAGAUAAAUAUAAAAAUUCUUCAGAUAACUCACAAAAAAAGCAAAAAGAAAAAAAAAUAUAUAUAGAAAAUAAGGAUUUUAAGAAAUAUCAUUUAAAAUACACUAAUGAUGAUAAUAUUUUUAAUAAAAAUAGAAUAAAAAGAAAGACAUAUUCAAAUAAUAAAACGAUACAAAGUUUUCAAAAUAGUUCGUCUGAAUAUGAAACUUGCCCGUAUGUAUCUGAAUAUAUAAAUAGUAAUAAACUUUUACAUUUAAAUAAGGAAGAAAGGAAAAGUAAAUUAAAAAGCGAAUAUAUGAACAUGUUUUAUGAUAAUAUUUUACCUAGUAAUAUGAUAAAUUUAGAUAUAGAUAAAAAUGAAAAAUAUUACUAUUCUUCAAAAAAGUUGAACAGUAAUGAUAAUACUAAAGACAUUUAUUUUAAUUAUGACAAAAAUAUCCCAUUUAAUGAGUAUAAAAGCAUGAGUGAAAAUAAAAAUAUUGAUAUAAAUAAUAUGAAACAUAACUCAUAUUAUUAUGUAUGUAAAAAUGAGGUUAAAAAAAUAAAAGGAAACAUAGAAGGUAACAUAUACAAUUAUUCCUUCUGUAAUGAUGAAAUAAAUUUACUGAAUCAAAAUGUUUUAGAAAAAUCAAAUAAAUACAAUAAUUCUUUUUACAAUAAGAAAAAUCAAUAUUAUGAAGAUUAUAAACCAGGAAAAAAUAAAAAUGUUCUGUUUAAAAAGAAUAUUUAUGAAGAAAGAUACAAUGCAAAUAAUCAUUCUAAUAAUGUGUUACUAAAAUUUAAAUCUCUAAGUAACGGUAGUGAUGAUUAUAAAUUAGAUCAUAUAAAAUUUAUAAAAAAUGUAUCUAAGAAUGAAAAUAAUAAAUUAAGUGACUCUUAUAUUUAUAAAUAUAAUUUUAAUUAUCCUUCUUUCCAUAUAAAUGUUUCUAAUUCUGAAAAUAAAGUGAAAGAAGCAAUUAAUGUUAAAAAAAAUUUUUUUUCUAAUUGUAAAUCUUACUUAAAUAAAAAUAUAAAAUUGUCAUCAUCUUAUAUGAAUUAUCAUUCAAACAAGUGUAUUUCUGAUUCUUAUUGCGAACAAGAUAUAUAUUUUAGUAAAAGAGAAAAUAGAUUACUUGUUCCUUUUACAAGUUUAAAAAAUUAUAAUGACGAGUAUUUACCUAGUUAUUACGAGGAUUCAACUCAUUUUGAAAAUGAAAGGAAAGUAUUUUUUGAUUCCAUUAGAAAUAUUAUUUGCAUAAUGAAAGAAGUAAAAAAAAUUAAAAAAAAUUUAGAAGAACAAAGAAGGUAUUAUUCUAUCAUAGAUGAUGAUGAAAAAAAAAAAGAUUUCAUUGAUCUCAUAGAAUAUUUAAAAUAUCAAAAAGCAAUUAGAAGGGAAUUAAAAAAAUACUAUUUUGAUAAAAUAAAUAAAUGCUUAUUUACAUUUUUGUUACGAAGUAAUCACUUUAAUUUUUCCUUUUCAGAAGAUGAAGUAUUAUUAUUAAAACAGUGGAAUAAAUUAAGAUACCAAAAAAGUAAAAAGAAAAAUUCAUACGUGAAAAUAAAUUCUGAAGAUAAAAUAGUAAAAAGAGAAAGAAGUGAAAAUAAGAAAAUAAUUAAUAAUUUACAUAAUAUGAAGACAUCUUUGUCCUAUAAAAAUAAUAUUUCCACAUCAAAUAACUGCUUAAUAAGAGAAAAUACAGAGAAAAUUAAUAAAAAUAUUAUAAAUAAUAAUAUAAAGGAAGAAAUAAAUUCUGAUAAACUUAAUAAUAAAAAAUUAUUAUCACCAUUAAAAACAUAUAUAAAUAAGAUAAAUGCAAAUAAUUAUUCUCUUGAUAAAGGUAAUAAAAAGAAUAACAACAUUCCUUAUGAGUCUUCUUUUAAAUUUUGUGAAAGGAAUAAAACUAAUGUAUUUGAUAUUUUUUUAUUUUUAAAAAAUAUAAAAUUAAAAAAUAUACAGAACAAGUUUAAGAAAAAAUUAAAAAAUCAAUGCAUAUAUUUAUCAAAAAUUAAUGAUUACAAUAAAAUGUUAUCAUAUAUAAAAUAUAUUUUUAUAAAACUAUUAAAAAAAGAAGUUAGCAAUAUUGUUCGUGUUCAUAUAAAUGAUUGUUUUAUAAAUUCCACUAUAUGUUUUUUCUUAUCUUUGUUAUUAUUUAUUUUUAAAAACGUUCAUACAAUAAAAAUAAUAAGAUGUCAUUUAUAUUAUUCUCAUUUUAUAAUAUUUUUGAAUUACUUCAAGAAUAAUAAUUUGAAACAUAUCCAUUUUAUAUGUAAUAAUAUUGUAAGUGAUAAAAUAGUGGAUAUAGACAACUAUAAUAAAUAUAAUAAAAACUUUAUAAUAUAUUUUAACACAAAUUAUAUUAAUAAAAAAAAUAAUAAAAAUAAAAAAAAAGUGGGUGAACAUAUAAAUAUGAACAAUAAUAUAAUUAAUGAUGUUUUCGAAAAUUCUUUAAAAAAAAAGGUCAGUAAAAUAAUAAAUAAAAAAAACAAUAGUUCUUUUUAUGAUAAAAAUAAAAUUAUUUUUAAAAAUAGAAAAGAUGUAAUUUUUUUUGAUUGUUAUGGUUUUUAUGAUUAUUUUACAAUUAAACAAAAAAAAAAAAAAAUUAUAUCUCGUUUUACUGAUGAUUUAAAAAAUGAAUAUUUUCAUAAAACAUCAUUAAAUAAAGAAAAUAUUGAAAAUAGAGAAAAUAUUUUAACUGGUUUAAGAAGAGAAGAGUAUAAUAAUAAUUCAGAUAAUAAGAUAAAUUAUAUAAACACAAAAGAGAUUUUGAAUAAUUCAAAAGAACUAGAUAAAUGGGAAUUGUCUAAUGUAUCUGAAACUUAUAAUGAAAAAAAGAAAGAGUUAACAGAUUUAAGUAAUCCAUUAGAAAUAAAUAAGGAUAUAGAUAAUAAAAAUCCCAAAAAUGAAUAUUAUGAAAUUAAUACUUAUAAUAUACAUAGUUCAUCAUGCAGUGAAGAAAAUAAUUCAGAAGAUUCUCUACAAGAACUAAACGAAUGUGUUUCUACUUUUAGUAGAAAAGCAUUAGAUUAUUUGGAUUUGAAUAAAAUAAAAAUUUUAAAAUUAUGUUCUAAUAAAUUAAAUGAUAAUGCACUUAUGUAUAUUUCUACAUUAAUAAAAAAAAAUAAAUUAAAUAAUAUGAAAAUAUUAGAUUUAAGAUGGAAUAACUUUACUUAUAAAAGUUUAUUAACUUUAUCAUUUGCAUUAACAAACAUGGUAAAAAAUGAUUCUAAUUCUAAGAAUAGCAAAAAACUAAAAUUACGUAAAUUACUAUUAUCUGGGAAUAAUAUUAACAGCUCUUUAUAUUCUUCUUUUUUAUCUAGUUUUUGUACAUGCAAUUUCGUAGUAGUUAAAACAUUAGAUUUUUCUAUGAAUAAAAUUGAUAACGAAAGUUUCCCAAUUACUUAUAAAUAUUUCAAACACAUAUUGCAAUUAAGCAAAAAUAGAAAACAUAAAAAUAAUAUUCAUGAUGUUUUUAUUAAUUUAGAUCAUAAUAAUUUAAAAAAUUCAGUUUAUAUUAAUAAGUUAAUAAAUCUUUUAAAAAAAUUUCCUAUCAAAAAUUACAAACAAAAGGAGUUAAAGUGUCAUAAAAGUAGCAAAGAUCAACAUAUUUUAUUAAGUUUACAGUAUAAUAACAUAAAAAAUAUGAAUACAUAUGAAACUUAUGAAAGUUCUAAAGAAAGAAUUAAAAUUUAG